AUGCGGUCGCCUCGCGAGCUCGUGGCUGCGUGCAUGGACUACGUCGCGCUCGAAGGCAGCGCGGGCGUCUCAGUCGCGGAGCUGUUCUCGGCGAUCGAUCCGUCCCAUGACGUGCGGCUGCGCUGCCAGUUGUGGCAGCGGCUGCGCUCGAAGCGGGGCGUCCUGCGCUUCUUUCGGCGCUCCAUCGUGUCGGUCAGUCAUAUGCACAGUAAGAAGCGGCCGCGACCGAGAGCGCGUAGCGAUGCAGACAGCGACGAGGAACGCGUGGCGAUGAAGCAGGAGGUGCUCGACGCCGAUCGAGUUGGCGUUGCGACGGCUGCUACUGCUGCUGCUGCUAUUGCUGAAGAUGUGUCGGUAGCGCUCACGGAAGAAGAGCUGGAGCUGAUCACGUACGAGAACGUGGUGCACGAGAAGCAGCUGCAACAGCAGGAGCUGAUGGUGGCAGCGUGUGAAGAGCUGCGACACCGAGCGCUUAAUAUCCCGAUAAAGGCCAUUGCUGCUGACCUCGGAGACGCUCAUCUCCGUAUUCUCGAAGCUGUGGGUCGGGCUCGAGUGCAGGGCGUGACGGUGUCGGCGCUGAUUGAUUUGUUGCGAGGCGGCAACGUCAAGAGACUGCACAAUUCUCUCGACACGCUGAUCUCCUACAGUUUAGUAGUCAAGCGGAUGAUGAUUGUCGCGCGGCCAGCAAUGCGACGGCUGAACAUCAUUCACUUGCCGCGGUUUGCAGCCGAGUUCAAGCCGCAGAUGUUUGACGAGUCGGCUGGUUUUGAGUCGGACGACCAGAGCAAGAAGAUCUUGUGCGCAGCUGCAGAGACGUACUUGAAAAGACUGCCGACACAUUCGUCGGUGCUGUCGGAUCUCGGACGGGACCUGAGUUUGAACAAGCGGCACCUGGAGGUGCUGCGCUCACACAUUGUGCAGGAGUGCAAGACAGACGACAACUUUCCGCUAGAGUUGUUUCAGGCAGUCUUGCAACCGACGCGACGCGCGAGUCUCGAGCCUAAGAUUUUGAAUUGCGUGCGGUACAAGCCCCCGGACACGGAAAAAAGCGCGGUCUGCCGUCGAGGGAUUGUCUUGGAGCUCGGGUUGCUUCAUCAGAUCUAUGGCGUUAUCGAAGACAGUGCUGGAAACGGUGCCACCAUUAUCGAUCUGCGUAAUCAAAUUGUGCUUCCUGGGAGCAAGUUGCCAUAUAAGUUGGUGGGCGUGUUGGCGGCGACGUACAACUUGAAAGCUGAGUCGGUCAUUCUGGGAAAGAACAAGGCGUUCCGAUUGUACGUGGACUCGAUGGCGCCGAACGUGGCUUCAUCUCCAUCCGACGUAGCAGAUGGCCCAUUGGUGUUAUCGACGCAGUCAGAAGAAGGUGCGAAUGAGGAAGCUGCUGCUAGAGAGAAGGUAGACGGAGCGUACACGACUCGAUCCAAGAAGGCGCUGAAAGUGGCACUCGGAGGAGCGGAAGUGGAUGGCACCAGCGCUCGACGUCGUGAGCACAUCUUGGCGCGGCUCGAGGAUGAGAAGAUCAUCAGUUUGUCGUCAUUAUGUGCCAGUGUGUUCAGCAUGGAGAAGCAGCGCGCGGAAGCGAAUGUGUUAUUGAAUUCGUCCAACUCGGGUGGCGGUCCCACCGUUCUUAACAAUGGAAGCGGUCCGAUGCUUCCAGCUGCAGUGGGUAAAGUGGACACUCGGUCGAUCUUUCGCAUUGCAGUUGAUUUGGAAGCGGGGAAAAAGUUGCGGCUUCUGCAGCUUCCGUUGCCUGCUCGUAAUGUGUCUACCAAGUUCCGUGCUCUUCGUUGUGUGGUGGCUCCAGGAUAUGAGCAAAAUGACGUAUUUAUUCAAAGCUUUGUCAAGAACUACUGUCGUGACGAGCGUUUACGGCGCAUCUACCGGAACACGGAUAAUAGUCAAGUCAUUCGCUUUCACGCAUUCGGAAGCGACAACAACGAUGGGGUGGAGCAUAAGCCAGUUCGAAAGAGGAGGCGGAGGAGAUCUAAGUUGCCGGACGUAAAGACUGAUGAGUCCACGACAAAAACUACAGCCUUGGACGCUAUAUUGGAGAGCAAGGAUGGUAGCUCUGAAGCACUUUCGCAAGCUCCUGGCGUCGAAUCGAAGGUGUGCAAUCUUGCCUCGCCUGAAAUCAGCUACAAGAUCUGGCGCUUUGUGAGUCAGCAAAAAUGUCGAAUUCAUAACCAGCAGUACCGGAAGCUCGGGUUUGCAUACGGUGUCAUGUAUCGGUGUAAAGUCCUGCAUCAGUUUUUAUGGAAAGUUUUGCAUGAGAACGGAUCAAGCUUACAGCUGCCGGGCGAAGAUAGCGAUUUGAUCAGCCCAGACAUAAGUAUGGAUAGAGACGGGUGCUAUAAUACUGGCGGACAAAAGCAGCAACAGCAGUCUGUACCAGGGAUUGUGUUUUCUCGCGAAUCAGUGCUGCACUCGAUGCCUGUGCAUUUGUAUAUUCAAGUUUUCUCGGGUGGGACGAUUUUGACAGGCGCUGAGUUUGCUAUGAUGGAGGAAGCCAUUCAGCAUCGUCGCACGUUUGAAGCGAUUCCAGAGGCACUUUGCAAAAAGAUCUGGAGUCAUGAGUCUCAGCGUACCGCAAAAGUUUUGGGCACUCUGGCGGAUUUGGGUCUGGUUCUACCGCACAAGAUUGGAAUGAAACGCCUCGUCAAGAUCCUUCGAGCAGGGUACACCGACGGGCGUGACGGUGUGCUUUCUCGUGCGCUGAAUGAAAAUGCCCUCGGUGGGCUUUUUCGCUUCAACAGGCAGACCCGGAUCGUUUUGGACGAACGUCGCAGGGAUGAUAGCUUUGUUCCGGGCGACAGCGAGGCGGGUUCACGGCGCAACAGUGCGAGUGAAACCAUCACGGUUCGCUUUGUUGAGUUUGGGGAGAAGACGUACAGCUUUGGCAAUUCGGUACCGUUGCGGUUUUCAUUCGAGUCGCCCUGCGAUGUCGAUCGCUACUGGGAGGCCCUCGAGUGUCUAUGCCUUGAAGAAAUGACGACGGAAGUGGAUAAUCCACGUAAAAACGAACCAGUUGUGCGUGGGGUACCUAAACCAGUCAAAACUCGUGCUCGGCGCAUGCUGCGUAUUCUUGCUUGGAUACCAAAAUCGAGGAAACCUUUACCGAAACACAAGCGUGAAGGCGGUGGUGACACUAAACCGUGUAAGAGUGGUGGUAUCGUGUCUACGAACAUCCGACUUCGUAAGAGACGGCGAGUGUUUCAGCGCGGGGAUGAGCUGAGUAAUGAUCCUGGUGUUCAACGACGUAAGAGGAAGAAGCACAAGAACAGUUCGGGAGACGAAGGCCAGUCAAAGUCGGGAGUGCUCACAUGGACUAAGGUGCACGAAAAGCUGUUGGUGGAUUAUUUCAUCGACAGCAGCAAAAGUCGAUGGAGAGUGACUGUUCCUCAAGGUUUGCAGCGCGAGAAGGAGCAAGUUGCGUUUCGAAAUUCUACGGUUUCGCGGACUGGUUUAGGUCUUGUAGCUAUCACUCGGAAACUCGGCAAGCGAAAGAUUGACGUGAAAAAGCGGCUGAAGGAAAAACUGAUGGAGCCUGUCGUGAAAGUCUCGUUUGAAAACGCAAAGCGAGAGGCAGAACUUGCUUACAAUCCUGGUGGAAUAUUUGAUGAGGAAGUGGCGAUACAAGGGUCAACUCGACUCACAGCACUCUUCCGGCGUGCCGUGAUGAUGAUUAUGUCACCACGGGAAGAGUAUCACCCACUUGUCGCUGAAGAAUUGAUCUCGUUCUGGAACCCACACGACAUUCGGCUAGUUUGGCGGUACCUCUGGCUAAAAAACUGGAUCGUGCGCGCGUCCGAAAAAGAGCGGGGUCGCGGUUACUCCACUAGUCAACGGUUGCAGGACUCGCUCAAGGUGUCUACGUUGUCGUACCCCCUGCUGCUCUUUCAGCAGGCUGCAGAGCAGGAGAGUAUAAUCUGCUCGACACUAGAAGAACUGACAGCUGGCUCCGACGAAACAAGGCACCGUGGUGGACAACAAGAAAGCGACCAGCUCUUUGAGAACGAUUUCCCAGCUAACGCCACACCCGGCCAGUGUGCUCUCGAGUUAGGCUACCAAGUACUGGGAACGUGCUCGCUUGUGGCAGUUCACGCCUCAGCUCGAGAUACAGACACAGGGGUUGACGAUACGCUAGAAGCACAAUCGAAAAAUGGCAAGCGAGUACCGAGUCCCAGUCAACGAAGAAGUCUUACGACUUGCAAUAGCCCAAAAGACAGGUCUGGCUUCUUUGCACACUUGGCUGGCAGGGUGAAUGCCGCCAAAUCGUCCGAUCUGAUUGACACUUGGAGGGUGGAGACCAAGGUGCAUGCGGUGGCUGUUGAGAACACAAUCCUGAUGAGCACAUGCGAAGCGUUUUCUGCGGAGGAAACGGAUGACAAAGGUGACCAGGAAGCAGUCGCGGGCCGCUCAUUUCAGAAUAACGAGGAAUCAGAGAAUACGCUGAUGCAGACAGUGAUGGGUCAUGUUUGUGAAAGUGGUGAGGAGGGGCUUACAUUGUCAGCUCUGGCGGAAAAGCUGCGCUCGAGCAAGGAUGACGAGCUUCACAGUGUCUCGGAAAUAUCCGUGGCGCACUGUCUCACUUCUCUUGUUGACCAGGGUGCGCUCAUUUGCGUCAAUGCGUACUUCGAGCAACGCUACAUUGCGAAGGAGCAUGGAGACCUAUGGCUACUGCGACCGUUCUCGCUGGUUCCGAGUACCAGCCCCUCGUCGAUGCCCCGGGCAGUGUUUGAAGGCGAGAAGGAUACGCUGUCUUUUCCGUGGAUAAAAAUGGACGGUGGAACAAACUAUACGUUCCUGUUUGCGAUCCAGCGCAAGCUGCUAGCACUUGUGAUUCAGGCACCGGGUAUCACUGAGAAGCGUGCCUAUGCUAAGGUCGAUAAGCUGCUGUCGUUGCAGGACACACGCGAGGCUAUGUCGUUGCUUGUGGAGGAAGGACUGGUGUAUGUCCGUGUAGUCACCAAUGCUGCAGCUCGAGCCACUGAUCUGUUUACACCGUCAGUCACUCAGCCUUCGGAUCAUAAGAUUAUCAAGCCCGUCGGUAGCGCGCUGACCUACGACCGCUCAGUUUAUGAAGUGCACUACUUUCCCCACAUUGAGUGCAUCCAGCGAUUCGGAAGCAUUGUACAGGACUACCAAAACGAAGUAUUUCCGAACGACGAGCUGUGA